AUGUUUUGGGCGCUGGCAGCAGCAAGCCCCUGGAGCAUCGCAGGAUGCGUGGCUCUGGUGCUGGCGGUGAGGACGGCGGCGUGCGUGCCCGGGCUGCGGGCUGCGCUCGGGCUCGGCCGUAGUCAAGGGAGUGGGCGGCGGCGGCCGGCGGGGCAGGCAGCGGCGGCGCUGGUGGUCCUGGGCUCUGGCGGUCACACGUCGGAAAUGCUGUCGAUGCUGGCUGCGCUCGACCGAGCGCGGUACAGCCCGCGGACGUACGUGGUGGCGGCAACCGAUCGGCACUCGGCGGGCAAGGCCGAGGCGGCUGAGGAAGGGGCGGGUGACGCGCGGGUGGUGGCCACGCCGCGGGCGCGCGAGGUCGGGCAAUCGUGGGUGACGACGGUGGUGACGACGGCGUGGGCCCUAGUUCAUGCGCUGUGGCUCAUUCUCGUCGCCAUCCGCCCAGACGUGGUGCUGGUCAACGGGCCCGGGACGUGCGUCCCGUUCUGCAUCGCCGCCACCGUCGGCAACGUGCUCGGCCUCACCGCCACCCGCAUUGUCUUUGUCGAGUCGAUGUGCCGCGUCGACUCGCUCUCGCUCUCGGGCCGCAUCCUUUAUCCGCUCGCCCACCGGUUCCUUGUCCAGUGGGCCUCGCUCGUCGCCCACUACCCGCACGCCGAGUAUGUUGGCCUCAUGUGA